AUGGGGAGCGAACAGCUCGGCGCUGCUGGGGUCGGCGCGGCGCCCGAGGGCGGCCCCUUCUUCACCCUGGCGGAGGUGGCGAAGCGCAACUCGAGCCGCGAGGCCUGGCUGGUGAUCCACGGGCGCGUGUACGACGUCGGCCGCUUCCUGGACGAGCAUCCAGGUGGAGAGGAGGUUUUGCUCGAACAGGCUGGUAGGGAUGCCACAGAGAGCUUUGAAGAUGUUGGGCACUCCACAGAUGCCAGGGAAAUGCUCGAAGAGUACUUCAUAGGAGAGGUUCACCCGUGCGAUCGUAAAAACGAAGGCUCUAAGGAUCCAAACACAACAUCCUCAAGCCAGUCAAGUUUCUGGUCAACAUGGCUAAUCCCCAUCUUCGGCGCACUGGUCAUAGGCUUAAUGUACCGAUAUUACAUGUUGGAUGGGAAAUCUUCUUGAUCUGGCCCCGCUGGAACCUUGAGAAGCAUGAGAGCACACGCAUGCGAGCAAGAGCUCUGGGGGUUUGGGUUUCUUAAACCUUGCGUAUUUUGUUCUUAGCUUUGAGUCUGUCUAGCAAUAGUGGUGUCUGCAAAGCCAAGCUACUGUUAGAGAGUGUCUGUCCAGACUCUGGGAUCCGCUGCCCUGUCUCGCAUUCUCUUCAGAGUCUUGUAUGUGCGUUGGGGCAGGGGGUGAGUUCCAUUAUAUGUCUAGUCUGUCUCGCUGUAAUAAUCAAUCAUGGGUAACGUUUCUUUUAACACCUUUUUGUUAAUCCCAACAAUGUGGAACAGCUGCUAGCAUGUGAGCCUGUUAAAUGCCUCUCUCUUUCAUGUGAGUGAGCAUUGUCAAAGAAACUGCAAGCUUUCUACAAUCCCAUCCAGCAGAAGUGUUCUGAGACUGAGCAGAACAGCUUUCCCAGUGCACCCAGGCAACACGAACAGGAGCAGCAGGAAAUUGCUAGCUCUUGUUGUCUCUUCAUAUAUGUGGCUGUUUUUAAAUGGUUAAGCAAAUAUAU